ACAGUCACCUCGUGUUCCAGACCACCCUUUCCUUCACGCCUCAGCCCAUCAGAUAGGUGAUGAUUGCUCCUAUAUUGGGUGCCAUGGUGGCCACGUGUGCGGUGCCACGUCGCGCUACGAGAAGGCAGCACGUCAGCUCACCUGCUCUGUCAACCGAGGGGUCGGCCUUAUUGCGCUCCGUUUCGAUCCUUUUCGCUCCGUUUGGCUCAGUUUGCCGCGCUGCUGCGCUUUCCUUCAUUCACGAGAGCGACUAUCCCUCCGCAGGCUUACGCCUCGAGCGAGCCACCACUUCUUGUCGCCACGUGUACCGACGUUGGUCCAUCUCUUCGGCCCGGUGCGGGUGUCUCUUUUACGAAUCUCCUAUAGUAACGAUAUUAAAAAUAAUAUAGUAAUAUGUAAUAGUCGGAGCAAUUCGUCAAACAAUGGUACAUGCUGUGGUUAUGAUUGAUUGCGCCGGGACGUGGUUGGGAGCAGAGCCGUCUGAUCAGUCUGGAUAUGAAGCCUGAUCUGGACGGCUAGGGGCGCGAUUUGCGCGGGAGGUGGUCGCGAUUGAUUGGUGUGGUGAGGAUACCGACCCGAGCGGCAUCGCUUGCAUAUACAUAUUGUAAUUGUUGUGAAUGUGGUUUUAUUUUUUCUUACAUCCCGACGCGCUUUGGCUCGUGAUUGGGACACGUGGUGGUUGGUGAUCUAGAGCUCGAUCCGAACUUGGAGUUGGAGUCGGGGAGUUGGAAGAAGCGGUCUUUUUGUUUUAUCUUAUCCUCGUCACCUUAUCUUUUUUCUUCUUGAUCUGGAAGCAGCGAUCUUUUCUUCUUCUCUCUUCAAGUUCAGCGGGCGGGAGUGGAGAGCAAUGGUGUCGCCGAAAGGCCAUCAUUCAACGGGGCAUCUGCCGCUGGAUGUCGCGGUACACGUUGCGGAGAUAGCAGAGGUGGCAUGGGAAGCGUAUCAGGCGAGGGCGGAGCAUUCCACCAGCGCCGCUGCUCGCGAGGAGAAGUGCGUGGAGUCGGAAAGUGCGCUGGAGCGGGAAAGGUUAGAGAAUCGCCGCCUCCAAGCCACUCUUGAAGAGUACAAGACGGCUUUGCAGCAGCUUCAGCGUCGUCCUGGUAGCCCGGAAUGGCUUGGUCGAUCUCUCAGCACGCCCGAGGGGACAGCAGAUGUAUACCGGCGAUUGCAGGAGAAGGUGGAGUCCCCAGAGUUCUUGGAAACGUUGGCCCGGCCUCCUGAAAUACCAACAGAUUCUCCCGCGGAGACGAGCAUAACUGCUAAAGAUGGAAUUCUUGUGAAUGUAGAUGUAGCAAACCCAAGCUGGUGGACAUGGGUGACGGAGAACGAUAUGCAUGGAGGGGAGCCGACGGAAGAGCAGGAUGGUCUUGGUGGCGAGAAUUAUGUCCUCAUUGAGGCUGACGAUGUCGUGGAUGGCAUCGCAAACUUCAUUGCUCGCUAUCUGCAGUCACUUCCUCAGACAAAGGGAGGAUGGGAGGGAUGCUUUUGAGGCAUGCAAGUUUUGGUCCUCUGAACAAGUGAGCUGGCCCUCCAUGGCUGUAUGUGUGCGGCUGCAACUGACAUUCUGCACCACAUCC